ACGAACCAGUCAACUGCGCCACCACUCCCAUGUGUGAAAAUCAGUUUUUCUCUACUAUUGUUGAUGAGACAAUUUCAGAGAGUGCGACUGUCUCUAAACUGAUCCUUUUAUGUCUAAGUUGUUGAUGUUGUAUUUUUUAUUUUUUAAAUUUCAAACAUUUUGAUUUUGCUGCAAUCUUAGGCGCCCAAAAAUCAAUCUUAAAAAUGCUCUCUGCUUUCAGGCCAAAGCAGGGCUCAAACUUCUUCUUCUUCCUUUCUCGAAGACUAAAGUUAAAGCUGUCUUCUUUUUCUUAUACAACAACUAAAUUUGAAAAUCCCAAUCUCACUUCUGUCACUACAAAGGAAGAAACCCUUCUGCAUCUCUUCAAGAAAUGUUCCACAUUGAAAGAUUGUAACCAAAUUCAUGCACAAGUAAUCCAGUCUGGCUUUGGUCAAAGCCUAUAUCUUAUCGGCAAGAUCAUUAUUUUUUGUGCUGGUUCGGGGUAUGGGAACAUGGAUUAUGCUGUUUCCAUCUUUGAAACAAUCGAAAACCCAGAUGGGUUUCUUUGGAAUACCAUGAUUAGGGGGUUUGGCAAAACUGGUUAUCCUGAAAAAGCCUUACGGUACUAUAUAAGAAUGCAAGAAACAGGGGAAGUGGCAGAUAAUUUCACUUUUUCUUUCUUGCUUAAGGUUUGUGGGCAGCUGGGGUCCGUUUUGCUGGGGAAGCAGAUGCAUUGUAACACUCUGAAACAUGGGUUCGAAGAACAUGUUUUUGUGAGGAACACUUUGAUUCACAUGUAUGGUUUGCUUGGGAACGUCAAGACUGCACAGAAAUUGUUUGAGGAAAUGCCCAAUCCAAAUUUAGUGGCUUGGAAUGCUGUCAUCGACUGUCAUGUGCAUUGCGGUAAGUUCGAGAAAGCACUUGACCUGUUCUUGAGAAUGCUGAGAAGUAGUGUAAUGCCUGAUGAGGCUACAUUUGUUGUGACUCUUUCAGCAUGUUCUGCACUAGGUGCAUUGGAUUUUGGGAGGUGGAUACGGUACUACAUUAAUCGAACAAAUCUUUGUGACAUUGUAUCGAUUAAUAAUGCACUGAUUGAUAUGUAUGCAAAGUGUGGGGCGGUUGAAGAAGCAUACGUGAUAUUUAACAGGAUGAAGGUGAAGAACUUGGUAACAUUAAACACAAUGAUUUUGGGCCUUGCAACCCAUGGCAGUAGCAGUGAAGCUUUGGGACUCUUCUCGAAGAUGUUAGAAGAAAACUUUGCGAUACCAGAUGAUGUUACUUUCUUGGGAGUUUUGUGUGCUUGUAGCCAUGGAGGGAUGGUUGACGAGGGAAGAAGAUUUUUUGAUAUUAUGAGCAAAAGGUAUUGUAUCAAACCAACGAUUAAACACUAUGGAUGCAUGGCGGAUAUGCUAGGUCGAGCUGGGCUAGUGGAGGAGGCUUACCAGUUGAUAAUGAGCAUGCCAAUAAAGUGCAACUCCAUCGUGUGGAGAACAUUGCUGGCUGCCUGCCGGCAGCAUGGAAAUGUCGAACUUGGAGAGAAAGUCAGGAGGCAUCUUUUAGAGUUAGAACCAGAACAUAGCAGUGACUUUGUUCUGCUGGCAAAUAUAUAUGCGAGCAUGGGGGAAUGGAAUGAAAUGGCAAGAAUUAGAAAAUCAAUGCAGGAGAUGGGUAUCCAUAAACCUGAACCUGGGAAUAGCAUUGGAAUUUAUCCUGCUGCAAGGUAAGAGAUAGCAUCACCUGCAUCUUCAUAUAUAAAGCAAUUCAUCUGAG